GCCCCCUGCCCUGCCCAAAGCAGCCCCAGCUGGCUGGGGGACAGCAGCUGACAGACAGGUCUGUUAUUGCAGGGUCUCUCUGUGGGGUGGCCUUCUCUGUGUCUCUGUGGGGAAGAGGGGGGACAGAGAUGGCUCUCAGGGAGUUGAUGGCAUCUCCCCUUCCCCAGGUGCCUGCGGUAUGCCCUCUGGAGGUUGCCAGGGCUCAAUCCGGCCGGCAAUGCUGAUCCUGAGCUGUUCCUCCAAGCUGCAGCUGCUGGAGGCAGUGCUGCGGCAGAGCCUGCCUGAGACACUACCAGUCCUUGGUGCCGUGAUGAACAUCAGCCGUGGGAAUCCAGCUGGCCGUGAGGUGUUGUGGCCCAACUUCAAAGCUGUCCUCACCUGGCCACGCAAGGAGGUGGUGACGGAUGACUCUGAUUUCUAUGCUAACAUGUACGCAGCCUUCUACCGGGACCUGGGUGCCUACUGGGCACUGCUGAGCAGCCCAGGGGCCAUCAACUGGGCCCAGACCUUCCGCAUACAUGGGCUCCAGGACAGCAUGUGUGAAGCCUCCAGGGACAUUGCCAAGGCCAAGGGCUUCCAGGUGUACCCAUCCACUUACUUGGUGUAUCUCCUACCAAGCUCCAGCACUGUACCUGAUGUCAGGCUGGACCCUGCCAUGAGGCUCUCGAACCUGGAUGUCUCCCAUGUCGAUCUGCUGAAUGAGACAUGGCCCUAUGGAGGGAAUGAGCAGAGCCGGCGGUAUAUAGCCAUGCUAAUCCGUGGCUUCCCCAGCACCUGCUUCCUGGAUGCCACAGGCCGCCCCAUCAGCUGGACAAUCACUGAUCCUUUUGGUGCCCUGACACAUGGCUACACCCUGCCUGAGCACCGUGGCUGUGGCUAUGUCAGUGCUUUGUCCUUUAUCUUGGCCCAACAGAUUCAGACACAGGGUUACCCUGUCUAUGGCAACGUGGCAUUGGACAACCACCACAUGCAGAGACUGCUGCAGUUCCAUGGCUUCCAGUGCCAGACUAAGCUGUGCCGUAUCAUCUUCCACAGCCCGGUGCCAGGCAAGUUUCCUGCCUGGGUUCUUCCAGACUUUUAGCUGGAUGCCAUUCCUGGAUUCACUGCUGGGCCUGGUCCCAGCCUGUACCCCUAGUCAUUGCCCAUGGACUGGUGCUGAGGGCUGCCAGCAUGGCUGGGCAAGGCCAGGGCUCACCUAAUUUCAUCUCCAGCCCCUCUCUCUGGCUGGAAGCCUGAAAUGUCACAUAGGGCAACCCCUCUUCCUGUACUCCUGAGUCCCAAAACCAGGCUGAUGGGCUCUGUCCUGUCCCCUGCACCCAAUAGCCAGGCCCCUCAAGGGUAGCCUCCUUUCUGCACUCCAUACCUGUAGCACCACACUGCCAACCCCCUCAGUGGUGGCCUUAGGGUUGUUGUGGCCCUGGGCAAGAGUCAUUUGGAGCCCCUUAGAACCACUUCCUUGCAAAAACUUCACCCCACAAAGAAUGUGGGUCUCCUAAAGUCUGGGGCCCUGGGCGGUCGCCCAGUUUGCCCUCCCCUAAGGCCGCUACUGGUCCCUUGCACUACCCUGGGCACCCAGACAGCACCCCCCCCCCCCGGCUUUUCCCCCCUCCCAUUUAAA